AUGUCACCCUCUCCUACGACCGGGGCAUCACACGGCCUCACCAACGGCCUCACCAACGGCCUCACCAACGGCCUCACCAACGGCCUCACCAACGGCCAUCAUGAAAAAGGACUGGAUUUGACGGUGCUUGGGCUGAACUCUGGGACGUCAAUGGAUGGUAUUGAUUGCGCAUUAUGCCGAUUUAGACAAGAAUCGCCUGAGUCGCCAAUGCAUUUCGAGCUUCUUGCAUAUGAUGAAGUGCCGCUCGAGCCCAAGAUCAAAAAGCGUGUGAUGGAAAUGAUCCUAUACAACAGAACCACUCCCGAAGAACUCUCGGAGGUCAAUGUCCUGCUGGGCGAGACCUUCGCUGCAGCUGUAAAAGAGUUUUCUCAAAAGCAAGGCGUCCCUCUCGAGAAGAUCGACGCAUUGGGAUCGCACGGCCAGACAAUCUGGCUGCUUAGCAUGCCAGAGCCUGGUCACACCAAAUCGGCUUUGACAAUGGCUGAAGGGUCGUUCCUCGCGUCGAGAACAGGAAUCACAUCUGUCACCGACUUCCGGAUUUCGGACCAAGCAGCCGGUCGACAGGGGGCUCCCUUGAUCGCCUUUUUCGACUCAUUGGUCCUUCACCACCCGACCAAACUCAGAGCAUGUCAGAAUAUUGGCGGCAUUGCAAAUGUCUGCUUUAUCCCUCCAGACAAGGACGGUAAACUGAAUCGGGAGUUUUUCGAUUUUGACACCGGCCCGGGCAACGUCUUCAUUGAUGCGGCAGUGCGACACUUUACCAAUGGAGAGCGCGAGUACGACAAGAACGGCGAGAUGGGUGCUGCAGGAACAGUGGAUCAGGAAAUGGUAGACGAGUUUCUGCAAACUUUUCCAUACUUCAGCCUCGAACCACCGAAGACAACGGGACGUGAGGUGUUCAGGGACACCAUCGCUCAUAAAUUCAUCGAGAAAGGAAAAGCCAAAGGAUUGACACCAAAUGACAUUGUCGCGACGAUAACUCGCAUAACCGCCCAGGCCAUCGUCAACCAUUACCACAGAUACAUGCCACAGGGAUACGGUCCUCUUGCAGAAAUCUUCAUGUGUGGCGGGGGAGCGAAAAAUCCCAACAUCACGCGUUAUAUGCAAGAAGCUUUCCCUGAAACCCGAAUCCUGAUGCUUGAUGAGGCUGGCAUCCCGGCGGACGCGAAGGAGGCCAUCACCUUUGCAUGGCAAGGAAUGGAGGCAAUCGUGGGCAGGAGUAUUCCGGUACCGAGCAGAGUCGAGACGCAAAGACAUUAUGUGCUCGGAAAGGUCAGUCCUGGUGAGAAUUAUCGCAAGGUUAUGAAGCAUGGAAUGGAGUUUGGCGCAGGCAGGGAUCAUCUGGAACCGGUGAUAGAGUUGGUGAAUUACGUGAAAGCCAAGAGACGAGGCGUGAAGCCCAAGUCAGGCGCUAGAGGAGGUUCGCCUGCAACGGCCCCUCGAAAUUUCGAGUCCGUGAAUGCGCACCUUGAGUCAUCAUCUCAGCCAUGGAGGGCUCCGACGAUUGCUAGCCAAGCGGUGGUGAUGAGUCUUGUCGAGGUAUUCUUUGAAAUAGUCUAUCCAAUCUUCCCGCUCUUUCACCGGUCAACAUAUAUUCGAAAAGUAGCGAGAGGCGACUAUACUACGGACAAGGACUUGUUCCCUGUGACUAUGGCAGUCUGUGCCCUGGUGUCCGCUCGAGUCCGAGAUCAGGCGAUCUUCAAUCCUUCUUGGGACGUUCAAGAGUUGUCCGAAACGCCUUCGGAAACAUUCUAUGACGCUGCGGUCCGCUACAGCGCCGGCUACGAAGACUCCAGGCAAGCGCAUACUCUUAAUACACUGCGAUGCUGUGCUUUGCUUGCCCUCACAGCCAUUCAAUAUGGCCAAAUUCGUGAAAUGCAGCUAUUUCUGGGGAAAUACCACACUUUCGUGGCUAUGGAUGGGCUCCAUGAUGAAUCGAACUGGCCCAAAGACAUCGGCAUCAUUGAGACGGAAGAGAGGCGGCGGCUGAUCUGGUCCAUGUAUACCUUGGAGGUCUAUUCUUCCAUCAUUUGGAACGGCGUUACACGUUGUCGAGAACAACAGAUCAAUGUCGCAUACACCACGGAGAUGGACGAUGAUUUGUUCAAUGAUAUGGGCUAUAAUCAGCCCGUGUCGUCUCCAGUUGACAUCGGAGCAAGCCCCGGUGGCAGAUGGGGCAAUGUGAGAAGCAGCAGCUGGCUCUGCGGCUGGAACUUCACAACCGAUCUAUACCGGAUCCUGGAGCACGUCAUUACUAACUUUCGUGACCAAAGGCGGCACAAGAGGACCUCCCUCAGCGACAUGUUCGGUGACAAGACUGCCCCUUCCGCUUCUUCGGUCCGGGAUUCCAUCAUGGCUCUAUACGGCAAUCUUCCGGGCUGCUUUAAAGAAUUUCCAGAGGUGACAUGUAAUCCUUCGAGCGAUCGAUAUGGGUUCCAGGCUGCCAAUAUCACUGCCACUGUCCAGCUGCUUCGAAUGAUGUUGUUUGCGUCAGGUGGCGGUACGAUCGAGGAGCGUUGCAAGAUAGCGAGCGAAGUCGUGGAUGCGUUUAUGCGCAUUCCGGUUGCUUAUCUAAGAGCCAUCAGUUCACCACUCCUUCAUCACCUUGCUGGUAUCGGCGCCAUCCUGGGCCGUGUUCUUGAAGAGCCUCUCAGCGAUAUUGCGUAUCAGCAGGUGAGAGUCGUCUUGAUGUCACUCGCACAAUUGCUGGAGAACCUCGAUCAUGGUAUCCAUUCAGCAAUCAAUGCACAGCGACUUCGGGACCUGGUGGCGCAAAUUGACGACUACUGGAAUCAGCUGCGCAUUUGUUCUGAGGGUGAGCCGAGUCCUCAGCUCAAUUCGGCAAAUCCGAAGUACCACGGCCUGCAGCAUCCGGAUGCACUGAGAACCAUACCCUCUCAGCUGACCACGAGUAUUUUCGAAGACUGGCCGUGGAACAUGGACCUUAUGCAAGCUGUGGAGAGCUGGUCGUCCACAAAUCCGGUUCUGGACGUCUGA